AUGAAGAUAAAGGCGUUCUCCGGGUUUGUAUCCAUCUGUUUCCUUCCUCUGGUUGUUUCGCAAUCUACUUCGGUGCAAAGUACACCACCGAGUUCCAGCAGUCGCCCAGCGAGCUCCAGCUCCCAGCCUAGCUCUAUCCCUUCCAGCACUCCUUCCAAUGGGAGCGGAGGAGGAGGAGGAGGGGGUGCCAGUGAAAGCGCAACUGGUAGCACGGGCAGUGCUGGAGGUCCAUCGCUCACGUAUGCGAGUGAUAUCGUGGUCCCUGCUACGCCACCAGUGCGCAGCGCUUCAUUCGAAAGCCAUGGACCAUUUACGGGCUUUGCAAGUGUUACCGGAGCACUUACGGCAUCUAAAGUACUUGGAACUGCGCUGUCUGGUAAGCCUGCGCCAACGAAUGCGACGAGUUAUCCAUCUGAUGGUGAGCUGCAUGGUGCACAGCCGGCACCAUACUUUCCUGCCGGUGGGUUGGGGACCAACGGGACCGCACCGGUUUAUAACGUGCGAAGUGAUUACGACUAUCAGUCAAUUGCCCUAGCUCUGCAUUUGGAAUGGAUGAUAUACGACCUCUUCCAAACCGGCGCUUCCCAGUUCAAACCCAAGGACUUCCAGGCCCUGGGUUUAACCCAGUCGGAUUAUAAUUCUAUUGCUCUCAUGGCAAACCAAUCUCAAGGCCAUGUCACGCUCCUUAGCAACAUCCUCGGUGAAUCGGCUCCUGGACCAUGCACUCAUAACUUCCCCUUUAAAACAGCGUACGAGUUCCUUGACUUUAGUCAAAAGGUAACGGCCGUCGCAGAGUCUACGGUAUAUAACUUCCUCCCACACCUGGACUCUCGUGAAACUGCAAUGUUAGUCCUCCAGCUUGUUGCGACUACUGCACGCCAGCACAUGAUAUUCCGCCAGUUCGAGGCCCUGCAGCCCAUGCCUGUAUGGUUUGAGACAGGUAUCCCCCAAUCAUGGGGUUGGACCUUGGUGGCACCAUUCAUCAGCUUGUGUCCUGACGAUGCAAGACUUGUAUGGAGGAACUUUCCAGCCUUGCAAAUUAUUGACGGGCCAAACGCAGCCAGAAAGGGGGGUUCGGGCAAGAAUGAAACUACAGGCGGCGGGCUUGGAGUAGUAAAUUCUACUGCCAUUCCAUUGGAUGAAUCGUGCUUGGGCUCUUCGUCUAGCAAUGGCACUAGCUCUGGCAGGACUGGAAAGGCGCCUCGUGGCCGCUAUGACCGUCAGUACGAGCAUGUUGCAGCCGCUAAUACUACCGGCAGCGGCGGGGCAAAGCCAUCCGGAACUGGCGGAAGUGGAAGCAGUAGUGGAAGCAGUGGUGGUGGUGGCCUCAGCACAGAAUGCAGGCCAGGGAUCACAUCCAACCGGACUAAACCGUUGAGUGAGCCAGGCCGCAAGAUCCUCCUUCAAUGGGAAUCAGCCGGCCGGCCCGUCGGUCCGAAUAAUAGCUACAUCACGAACACCCAGGCAAAGGAACCUGCAUUUGUAGCUUGGAUAACUCAGUUGAAUGUUACCUAUACCCCUCUGGAAGUUAUGGAAAAUGGAGGUAAUGGAGGCAGCUCUGGCGGUGGUAACACCACGAGCUCCUCGACUACACUUGAGCCUUCCGUGAGUGCUAUCGAUACUUCGUCAAUUAGGACAGACACAAUGGCCAUGGCAAAGCCUACUGGUAACGGAGGCUCCUCUAACAGCACUGGCUCACCAAGCAGUGGUGGCGGUGGAGGAGGAGGUUCUUCAAAUGGAACCAGCCCUACUAGUAAGAUGUUCACCGGUACAACGGUGCAGCCGGACUUUGCGACUUUUGCGGGAGAUCCAGCAGUGAAUGGAACGGUUUUCAUUGCAAUUACAGACGAGGAUUUGUACCUGACCCCUUUCAAUCUGAGUCUAAUAGAUUCACAUGUUGUUGCCGGUCCAGCCAUCUACCAGGCAGGCUAA